AUGGUGGGUGCUACUUCGCUCAAUUCUACUCGACUAGCUGUCGAUCCAGUACUGGAGCAAGUGCACACGACAACUGUACCAGAUCCUGAAAAGCCCAGUCGUUCAGCGUCACAUGAAAAAGAAGUUCCACAAAGGAUCAAUAAGAUUGAGAAGAAUGGAGCGGCUGGAGUCGAGAAGGGCGAAGCUGCAGCUCUUGUCUGGAGUAAAAAUGCUCUGUGGGCGAUCUAUGCCUGGAUCUGGGUAUCCUUUUUCAUGUUGGUGUUUCAUUCUUCGAUCGGCACCAAUGUACUCGUGAACGCAUAUGCAAAUUUCAAGACUGCUCCGGAAACUUCGACUGCGGCUAUCUUAGCGACAGUGGUCGGGGGAGUGGGGAAGCUAUCUAUUGCCAAGAUCCUGAAAUAUCUGGGGCUGAGUAGAGGGUAUGCUGGUCUUUACGGGCUUGUUCCUGCUGGGGAUUAUUAUCUUGGUGUCCUGCCACGGGCCUUGUGGUUAUGCCGCCGGGUGUGGACUGCAUAUGGCGUGUUCGCUAUUAUCUUCCCUGUUAUCUUUCUGCCCCUUGCGAUCGCUUUCAAGCUUUAUAAACUCAAAGCGAGAAAACUGGGCCUCUAUACACCGAAUAGCCCUGGUUGUACCUGGACUCAUUCGAUUCAAUAUUAUAUCCACGAGUUCGACGUCGUUGGUGCACUUCUCUUAAUGGCCAUAUUUAUCCUUCUUCUACUUCCCUUCAGCCUCACGGUCUACAGACAGGCCCAAUAUAAGUCUGCGACAUUUAUUGCUAUACUGAUUAUCGAUUUUUAUCUCUCCUUUGUUUUUAUUGCCUGGGAACAAUUCUUUAUCUCUUAG